CAAAAUCCCUCCAAACAAAACAAGGUAAAAUUACUUCCCCUCCCUUUCUCUCCUUAAAAUCUCUCCCCUCCCUUUCCCUCCAUUCAACCACGCACACCCUUAAUUCGCACCAGUAGCCAUCUUCCACUGGAAUGCAUAAUGCAAGCUAUUGAAAGAAUAACGAAAUCACGCCGAUUGGCUAGGGUUUUCAAAUAUAUGCCGGCAUCCGUCUUCGAUGCCGCAGAACGAGUUACGGCUUCCCGGCGCGAGGAUAUGGCCAUUGACAAUUCUCAUGAGCUCGGUCGCCGACGGUCUCUGCGCCGCCUUCAUUCGGCCGCAUUGGUCUCCGGCAGUACUGAUGGAACUUUGAGACUUGAAUCCGAUCACCCAAAAGUUGCACUGUCACUGAUGGUGAUGCCAAAUAGAUUCUUUUCUUCUGAAGCAAGAGCUACUGAAAAUGAUUCUGCAGAUGCAGAGACAGUGAAAGGACUGUAUGAAAAGUUGGUGAACUAUGUGACAGAGAAAAGAACUGCCCCUCCAAAUGCUUGGUUGUGGUCACUCAUUGCUAAAUGUUCCACACAGGAAGACAUUGAGCUCCUGUUUGAUAUUUUGCAGAAACUUCGUAGAUUUAGGCUCUCCAAUCUUCGGAUACCCGGUGACUUUAAUAGUGCACUUUGCAGGGAAAUUACAACGGCCUGUGUUCGUGGAGGAGCAAUUGAUUUGGGCAUGAAGACUUUGUGGCAACGUAAUUUGUUUGGACUAACUCCUGACAUUGGAUCUGCUCACAUUCUUCUGCUUCAUGCCAAGAAACACAAUGAUGUGAAACUUAUGACUAAAAUAAUGAAACACGUUAAAAUCAAUUUUUUAACUCCACAACCUGGCACUGCAGAUAUAGUUUUCAGCAUUUGUUAUAAUGCGGACAAAUUGGAUUUGAUGUGUAAGAACGGAAAAAGGUUUGUCAAGUCUGGAGUUAAACUCAGUCAGUCAUCCUUCGAGUUAUGGAUGGAAUUUGCUGCCAAGAAAGGAGAUGUUGAGUCCCUAUGGAAGAUUGAGAAGUGGCGAUCAGCGGCAAUGGAACAGCAUAGUCUUUCAACUGGGUUUUCCUGUGUGAAGGGUCUCCUCCUUGAACGCAAGCCUGAUGAUGCUUCCGCCAUCAUUCAAGUUUUAUAUCAGACAUUACCCGAUGCAAGACAAUCAAGUAUUGCAGUUGAACUUCAAAAGCUAGUGAGCGAGUGGCCUUUGGAUGUUUUAAAGCAUCAGAAAGAGGAGAACAAACAGGUAACUGCCAAGGCAUUACAAAGUGAUAUUUUUCAGCUGAUCAAUGCUUUACAAACAUUGGGUGUGGAGACAAAUGUUAACAUUCAAGAGUUUCUCGGGAAAACACUUUUGUCUUGAGACGUCCAGUUGAAUCACUUUCUAUCUUGUUCCUCUGAGUUCACAAGCCUUAGCAGGUGCUCGUUUUGACGAAACAAGCAUAUAGAUGAAAGCUUGUAGGGAACAAUUUAUAUGUGUAUCUUGUUAUGACAUUACAUGCUUUUUUUUUUGUAGUUAAUUUUUAUAUAUUACUAAUUAUAGGGUGCCUCCAAUAAAAAUGAUUGUAAAUCUACCACUGUUAGAUACUCGUGAAUCUCCAUUUAAAGGGUGAUUGAUACACUGUUCAAACCACAUGCUGGUCAUGAACAAGUAUAUAAACAUUUGAAGUAUUUGAUAUUCGCUUAUAAAUUAACUUGAACCAACUGUUAUUUUAAUUUUACCAUGAAUUCGAUCGAAUUUUG